GGCGGGGCUGCGCCUGGUGCAGGGCCCUGCCCUUUCAGAGCCGCCGCCGCCCGGCGCCGCCAUGGUGUCCUGGAUCAUCUCCCGCCUCGUGGUGCUGAUCUUCGGCACCCUCUACCCCGCGUACUCCUCGUACAAGGCCGUGAAGACGAAAAACGUGAAGGAAUAUGUGAAGUGGAUGAUGUACUGGAUUGUGUUUGCCUUUUUCACCACCGCAGAAACACUCACAGACAUUGUUCUUUCUUGGUUUCCCUUUUAUUUCGAGCUGAAAAUUGCAUUUGUGAUUUGGCUGCUCUCCCCUUACACCAAGGGCUCCAGUGUCCUCUACAGGAAGUUUGUGCACCCAACGCUCUCCAAUAAGGAGAAGGAAAUCGAUGAGUACAUAACUCAGGCUCGUGACAAGAGCUAUGAAACCAUGAUGCGAGUUGGGAAGAGAGGGUUAAACCUUGCUGCCAAUGCAGCAGUUACUGCAGCUGCAAAGGGCCAGGGAGUUCUGUCUGAGAAACUGCGAAGUUUCAGCAUGCAGGAUCUCACUCUAAUCCGAGAUGAAGAUACUGUGCAUAUGCGAAGCCAUGAGCCACAGCUGCACCCAUCUGGUGCGAGUCUCCUUGAAACCAUUGAGGAUUCAGCUUCCUGUUACUCCUCAGGAGAGGAGAGCAGUGUGACACAGAGAUCUAAUGGAACCCCAUCAGAGACUAGAACGGACCCAUCAGAUGAAGAUGCAGUAGACAAACUUCCUAAGCGCACCCAGAGUGUCAAAGCUCCUAAGAAGAUGAUGAAAGCUGAGCCUCCAGCAAGGAGUGUGAAAGCCCGCCCUAAGAAGAAAGCUGCAGGCGCUCUUGCUUCUGUUGAGUCAUCCUAAAGAGACCUCCCCCUCCCCAGCACCUGUCUCUGUCCCAGGAUUUGCCUGUUACUCUUGAGGGGGAACUCCCCAAAGGAAAGGAGCUGCGAUUCAUGUACAUAACAGAUACUGCUUUGUGUAGAGCUCAUUCCAAAGCAAGGGGGAGACUGGGAUUCAGAAAGUGUAGCAGAGGGUAUGCAUCCUCCAGAAUUUUCUCCUUUCUCAUAUCUCUGUUGGAGGGAAUGCUGAUAUGUCUGUACAUAGCCUGUUGCUUUGGAAUUCCCAGUGUACAACCCUUGCUGGGGAGAAUCUUUGUUGGAAGAAUUGACUAGGGUUAGAGACAUCCAAUCCACAAGAAGCUGGAAAAAUGUUAGACACUGGAGUUCCACAGAGGUGGAUGGCUUUCCAAAAUGUCUUAUCUUGCUCUGGGCAUUCUUCUGCAGUUGUGUGUUGUUAAGAAGUGCCCACCAUGAUUCAUCCUCCUUACAAAUGGACUCUUAUCUGUCAUGUCCAUUCCUUUUGAGAAGGUGACCGAAAUGGUGUAUGCUGAGUGCUUUUGAAUGUAAAGGACUAGCUCAUGGGAGGAGUACAUUAGAUUCCCAUUACUAGUACUGGAAGAGAUUGGGUUUGUUUCUGGAAGAUGAGGAGAGAGAAUUGAAAAACUGACUAAUGAAGAAAAUGUGCUGUUACAUGCACGUGUGGUGGAGUAGAUAGAGACAGCUGUAAGCAGUAACUAUUGAGAAGUAAAAUUGGGCAUCCAUAAGAUUUUGACUCCUUUGAAACCGCUUCAAUUUUAUUUCAAGUCUGCUGUUCAUUUUGAUUCCUUUGAGAGCAUCAGAGUGAGGCGAGGCCCAUGCAUAAGGAAAGGCUGGCAGGGAGAUUGCUGCUUUGCUUCUUAUCAAUUGAACUCCUGUGAUGCUUGUUAGUGUGGUCAAAUUCUUUCAUUCUAGCUGAUGACUAGGGUCAGUCUGGCUCAUUAUAGUCUGUGGGCAUACCUGAGAAUUUCAGAAGUCCUUAUCUUAGAUGUAGGAGAUCCAGUCUUCAGGGCAUGAGGACUAAUAAGUAGCUGAUACAGCAAUUUUGCUGAUUCCACAGCUCCAUUUAUGGGGGAUAAAAAGUAGGGAGUAGUGCACGAACCUAUGGUUUUUCAGUCCUCUUGCUUUAUUCUAAUGCAACACUUGCACAGAUUUCCUGUCUGACCAUGGGCCAUGGUUUUCAGUGUCCCGAGACUUGAGCAAUAUGUAACUCUUGGGGCAGAAUCUAUACUGAAUGUAUCUAUCAUGGGAGUGAAAUUGCAGUACCGAAGAGAAAAAUGCAUCAUGCCAAGCCAAGCUGGAUUCACUCUCAUCUAUUGAACAUUGUUAGAGGGAGAUAACACCCGUACACAUGCAAGCAGAGUCUUUGAGAAUUUGUGAGAUGAGUGGGGUUGUUAUUUAGACCUCUGAUGGCAGAGCAAUGUUACAGACAUGGUUAUCUGAAAGAAUACUUGAUGGUCUUACUGGAACUAGUUACCAAGGGAACCUGACUUCUCCUUUCCUACUGAGGACCAGUCUUAACUCUAGGUGCAGGUAUUUGUGUUUGCCCAUGUCUUUUGUUGUCAUGUUUCUGAAAUUUGUUGAUUUUUCUGCACUGUGUAAUUUGCUGUUGAUGAUGUAUGCACUUCUGCAAGUAACAUUCCACAAAUAUUUCUGUUCUAAGGAAUAGGCCUUCAAAAGUUUGUAAAGUUGAAAGUUAGAACUGAGUUUUUUCUUGUUUCCCAUUGUCCUAUUGGCAAAUUGCUACAAAUAACUAGUUACUUUGUGAAACUGACUAAGUUGGUUUUACUUUUAUUUGUAGCUUUUAAAAAUUGAAGUCUUUAUGGGGCAUGUCAGAAAACAUACAUUUUGUCAGAAGUGUGUUUUAAAUCAUCAACAAGGCCUUAUCCAGAAGACAGCAGGAAAUUCUUGAAUUAGCUUUGAGUUUUGUAUUUCAUAAAAAAAACCAAAACGCCACAUUUUUGUUCGUCAUAGUUUUUUUGGAAACACUGUAUACUUGUCUCACUAGUAUGUGGACAGGCAUGUCCUGAAGCAGGAGUGCUUUCUGUUUCCAAAAGAAGUUCAUCUCUCCAUAGCAGAGGCAAAGAUCUUCACUGAUUUUGUGGAAGAUUCAGUUCUGAGGAAUUGCAGUCCUAGAUUUUACUGUACUGAAUAUGGCAGAAGCAUUAUUCUCUAUAUACCAAGUAUCUCUGUGACCAUUUUUCUUGAAUAUUUUAUGUUUUUACUAAAAAUUCCCAUAGGAAAUUAUUUAUGUAAAUCAUUGUGAGGGUCUUGGUUUGGACCUUGAGGACUGGUUAGUCUCCCCUUGUGCUGAUUUUUAUGCCCUUUCCUUAUGCAUGUAUUGUGAUAGUCUCAGAUUACUCAGUUUCAUACAGUAACUUUCCAGAAUGUUGUCUAUCAUCACUUCAUUUCAGUAACUUCCUGCUUUGAAGCAUAGGAGGAAUUUCUGAAGACUUCAUUUUGGCAUUUGGAUUUACCAUUUUUGUCUUCCUGAGCUUCCUGUGUUAAGUAUCUUCUACUUGACAUUGAUACUUGAUGUCAUUAGCCUGUGGAUAAAUAAGGGUCAGUCUUAUUCUGACUUCUGUUGCACAGGGGGAUGUCGUCUGGUUGUAAGAGUCUGGAGUAGAGUCAGGGACUAUUAUCUAGUGUGUGAUACAAAGCUGAAGAUUCAAAGCAGCAGAAUUUACCCAGAGCAAGUACAAUGUCUUAGCAUGGAUGCUAUUUUCUUCUUCCAAUUCAAACGUGACUGCUAUAUUGUGCUCUGUUUGAUCAAAGCCUCUGCAGUUCUGCCACAUGACCUCCUAGUGAGUUUCUAGAUAUAGUUCUGCAUUGGAUGACACGGUCUUGCACAGAAAUUCUCUUGUUAAUGAGAAUGCUGAAUGUGCUGUUUUGGUAAAAUGCUUUUAUCAGCUGUUGUUCAGUGUUUUCAGCAGGAAAUGCUGGGAUGUAGUUUCUUUUCAUAUCAUCUAUGGGCUUUGUUGCACAACUAUAAACAAAUGGUUAAAUCUUCACCUAACAGCAGAACCCAUUGGGUUCAGUAAGUGUUUGAACUCCUAUCCUAACAUGCCUGGACACAGAGAGAAAUGCAGUACAAAAAAGUGAUACCUGAAGUUGCAAGGAGUGGGGGGGUGUCAGCAGUACGUGUGUGUCAGACUUUUUGUGCCUAAAAAUUAUCCUCAAAUACCUGCACCAUGAGAUACAAAGUGAAACCGUGUCUGCCUUUUGGAAAGAAAUGUUUUACCUCCACUCUUCAUAAUACUAUGAGUCAGUUCUGUGUUCUACUGUUAGAGAAGAAAAUAGUGAAAUGUGGUUUCCCUUCUGAGAAACUUAAUGAUUUGCUGUAUAAAAGGGGAACAUGUUUUCUUGCUUGUCAAUAUCCUCCACAGUGGGUAAGAAAUACAAAUAUAUAAGGGAGACUACUGUCAGGUUUUAAACUCCACGUUUGAACAAAACAUCUUAAUUUCUUAUUGUUCUUUAUGAAGUUUCUGAUUCUCCAGCCUUAAUGUUUCAGAAUCUGGAUGACUGAUUUCUUUUAGACUAGAUUAACUUUCUUGUUAAGUAGAAGGUGUAGUAAAAAGAGGGGGAUGCUGGUGGUGUUAAAAUUGCAAAGCUUGUUCUGGGGAAGAUACAUAUUCCCUUGUUUUAGUGACUGAGUUCUAUUCAUGGUCUUUUUAUUGUGCUGGGCUUUCUUUUUUUGUACGUAUGUAAGUUUGACUCCCUCACAACAUACGGCCAAGUUGUUUCUGCCAUGAAAACCAUAAUUUCUAGAGAACUCUGACUUUCCAGUAAUUGUUAGUUGUUCUUUGGCAUCCUAAUCAGCAGAAAAUACAGUGCCUUGGGGGGGAAAGAGGGAUAGCUGUGGAAUACUCUGCUGGUUCUCUGAUCUGCACAUAGUAUUGUAUCAAGGAGCUUGCAUGUUAACUGUCAAUUGUCAUUGUAUGCUUGAGAGAAGCUGUUGAACUGAGCUGUUUUCCUGUCUGUCUUCUAGACUUGCAUAAUGCUGGAAUGUGUGGCUUAUUGCCUAAGUGAGAAAUCUAGGGGGGUGGGAAAUAUUCGUAGCCUUCUUUGUGAUGGGGUCACUGUAUUGUCACAUUACUCUCCUUCUUGCUGGGGAGAUGCUGCAUCACAUCUCUAUAUGUAACUUUUUCUCACUUUACUCACUAAGAAUCUGUAAUGUUCCUCCUGUCUGAAGCAUCUCGUAGUGCUGUUUUCUGACUAUAAAGUCAGAUCUGUGGAAAACCAGCAAAGGAUUCUGAAGCUAUACUAGCUCAUAGAAUCACAGUUACUGGAAUUGGAAGAGACCUGUAGGGAUCAUCUGGUUCAACUUUAAAGCUCAGGCAGGGCCAUCUGGAGCCAGUUGAACAGGCGUUCCUCUGUGGAAUUUGUGGUCUGGACCCUACCGAAUUUAAUACUCGGGAGCUGGUAUGUGCAGAAAAGCAUAUGCUAUAUGAGGAUGUUGCUGAGGGGAGUGCUACUUAGGAGACCUUGCAUGUGGAAUUUGGCACUGUUACAAGAUGUGAUAAACAUAACUCAGUCUUACACUAUUUAUAGGUAUUGUUAAGAAGCCUACAGGUUUCAGAAUAGAUCUUAAGAGGUGUGCAGAAUAACUUGAGGGCAAUCAGUUUGAACAGUAGGUAAAGACAAAAAACCUGCAGAUCAGAUAAGAACCUGUCCUGUGAGACAGAGUUGGAGUGGAAAGUGGGCUGCGUACAGCAGAGCUGUCCAGGAAAUAACUGCUGACUUUCUGAUCCUGAAGCAAUACUUAAACUCUGUGCUUUACAGAUUAGAGACUGAUAUCUCACAGCACCAUUCUGUGUCUUCCUUUUCUAAGCUGGUCUUGAACUUUGUGCAUUGAGAUUCUUGAACUUUUCAUCACUUCAGAACAAUGAAGUUUGAAUUUUACCUCAGCAGGCAGCUGAUCUGCAGGGAGGACCAGAGGAAUUCCUAGUUUCUCGUGUCAUUUGUAGUCGAUGUGUUAUGCUGGGGAGCUCCAGAGAAUGUAGUCAUCUCAGAAAAUCACUGCCUCUCCCCCACAAUGCCUACAUUUUUGGAUGAAGCAAAUGCUCGAUGACUUAUGCUCAUAUUCACAGCUACCUGUAGAAUCCCAGAACUUGAUGCCAGAACUGCCAGUGCUCUGUUUCUGAUGAGAACUGGAAUCAUAAUGUGAAGUAAAAAGAAACAGUGUAAAACUGGUGUGUUUUGUCUGCAGUUUUUCAAGUAAAUAUAGCUCUUUGCUGCUUCUUAACUAAAAACUUUUUGUAAACCUCUUGCAGGCAAACCAUUACUUCCUUUUUGUUUCUCAACUCUAUCCUGUCAUGACCCGAUUAUGUUGUUUAUGUUUUCUUUUAUUAAGCAAGGGUCUGCUUCCAUUAAUACUGUCUCUUAGAGCUGGAUUUUUGCCUUUUUUCCAUUAUUUAAUCCUAUGACCUAGAAACAUAGUGACUCAUACAAGGCUUAAGGCUGGAUUCCCGGUUGGAACCUGAGCAUCUAUUGCUAAUAGCAUAGUUUGAUGUGUUUUCCUUUUUUUGCAGAAGAUUCUAGUGGAAAUAGGCUUACUGCUGACCUUUUGGACAAGAGCAUUCUGUCUGCAUGUAGCCAGAUCACAUCAAGAUUAAUGUUUGUGGAAAGGCUGCAAAAGUGAGUGAGCUCUAAAGGAACAAGGCUUUGAGUCUUCCAUAAUACAUAACUGUCUGAGACUAUCUAAAAGAUCGAUGGCAGCAGCAGAAAUGCAUUGCUAUACUUACUGGCAACAAUGGGGAAUUUCAUAAUAUUUUUUGCAGUAAGUCCUGGGGAGAAUCAGGCUGGAUGACAAGCAUAUACAAUUUUUACACACAGGGGAACUAAGUUUUUAUGAUAAGUAAUGCUUAUUAACUUAACAAAAAAGAAAGCAACUUGAAAAAUUUUGGUGACUUUAUAAAAUUAGGAGGUAAAUUGUCCUGAUCAUCAAACCUAGUAUUGAAUACAAACUAUUCAUGCUGCUGCCUUUUUGGGAGAGCACUGAGUUGGACUGCUCACUGUGGAACCCACUGUUAGAUUAUUUCUCAAAUGUUUUGAAUAUCACAUAGAGGUUAAUGAAAUUUCAUUUUGACAUGUGACUGAAUUCGUGUCUAAAUUCAGGCAUGCUGACCUGUGUAGGAGACAAUGUUGACUGAAUGAAAGCCCGGUAAGGAAAUGGAGAAGCUGAGAGAUCUUGCCAGGCAAAAGACCUUCCUUGAAGUGCAGAAAUUAGAGACACAGUAAUGCUUGGUUGUGGUUCAGCAUAUUCAUUACAAAAUUUCGGUUACCACAGUGCUAAUAUAAAGGUACAGGAGAUUUGUGAAUUGCUUUUUGUCCACCAGAGGGUAUAAGCAUAAUACACAUUCACUGAAAAUGAGAGAGCAGAGACUUGUCUGAUAACAGUUGAAUCAAUUGAUCAACAGGUUGAUCAUCAAUAUUUCCUAUGUAUGAGAGUGCAAGUCCUGUUUAGAAAGGAGCAAGGGCAGGAGAAGAGGGCUGUAAUGGAGAAAUAUGAAGGUAUAUUGCACUUGACCCCUGACUAAAAACUCCAUUUAAGCCUUUUGGGCUUUCUAAUUUAGCCACUUUCCAGGGAGGCUUGCUGAGACUAUAGUGUUAGAGAAUAACUCCUUAAAGCUCUUUCUUGUACAUUCAAACAGUUUUCUAGCUAAAGGAAGCAGUUCUAAAAUUGCGAGGUUUGUGAUUUAUAACCCCCCCUGCCUCUUUUGCAGUUAACAACAAAUUUCUAUGUGUUUCUGUACUUCAGUAGGGUUGCCUGAAAUUCAUCCUUCAAAUUUUGCAGUGUUUCCUGGUAAGAAUGAGUUGUUUUUUCAAUUGGAUCUAUAGUCUGUGAAAAUAGAGGCAAUUUUAAUCUAAAAAUACAAACGUAUCUAAUGGUUACUAUGGUAAUUUGUGGCUAUGGCAACAGAGUUGACAUUCUGAAGAACAGUGGUUCAAUUUUUUUUUUCUUUUUACUCUUUCUUUUUUUUUCCAAACAGCAACCUAAUUAAUGGUGCAAGCAUUUCAGGAGAAAACACUGAUUUUUUUUAUUUCUUAACCAUGGAAGAUCAUGUGGGUACAAGGGAUUUUGACAUUGUCUUACAUAAGAUUUUUGUAGAAAAGCUCAUUAAGCAUGGGCUGGAUGAGUGAACAGUGAGGUGGAUAAAAAAACCUGACUAAACAGACAGGCUCAGAGAAUGGUGGUCAGUCCCAGGAAGUUUUAACUGCAACACCAGCAGCUAGCAGCACACCCCAGGACUUGGUACUGGAUCUGGUGCUGUUUAACAUCUUCAUUAGUGAUCAGGAUGGUGGAGCAGAGUGUACCCUCAGUAACUUUGCUGAUAACACCAAAAAAUCUAUAUGUUUCUGUUCUGUUUUUCUUUUGUACGAUUAUAGAGUUAAAUAAACAACAUAGUCCUUUCAGGCCAGUGCUAAAUUUCAGCUAAAACUUGUGGGUUGCCCUGUCAUAGUUGAAACCCCCAAAGCAUGUGUUGCAUUAUAGGAAACAAUAAAGAGUGAAAGAGUUCUAUUUAUAGUAAUAUAUUAUUGAGGGAGGUAGGAAUGGGCUCUUAAAACUAAGCCUUGUAUUUAGUGAAUGGCUGUCUCUGCCACCAUAAAGCUAAUGUUAAAGGCUCUCUGCUGGCAACACUCAGUUUCAUUUUUAUAAGAAAAUGUGAUGGAUAUAGAACUCUAGCUGAAGCCACAUUACAGAAUUUUCCAAGCUUUUUCGUUUUUCUAGGUCUUACUAGGAAAUCUAGCAACUGAAUUGAAACUACAGCAUUGCUGCUAUUGCUUUCUAAUUUUGGGCAACAAGUAUCUUAAACAGAAUCUAAAUAGCAUUUAAAUGCUAAUUUUUUAAAAGCCAGCUGUUGUGACUGUUCUGUAUUUGUAUUUGCUACAGGAAUACAGUAACUGGUACUGGAACCACUGUGCUGCCCAAAGCUAUUACCUUAGAAAAGGGAGAAAACAGAAAAAGCCAGCCCAAACCAAACUGGUUCAGAUAUUCCAGUCUCUGGGCUCUGAUGCUGCUCAGCCUAUGUGCUGACCAGUGGGCGGUCUGGACUUAACAUACACAUUGGAAAAGCCUCUUCCUGACACUAACAUCUUUUUUAUCUGUGCUCUGAAGUGCAGUGAUGUUAAAUGUCUGCUUUACUGGGCUGCUUUUGGGAGAGGGAGUUGUUUAAAUUCUUUUCCUAGUUCUUUUUAGAUUCAGUAAAAGUUUAGUCACUUGCUGCAGUAUAGUGACUUAAAUGUAGAAGCACUAUUAGGUAUCCUAAUCUUAUGUUUUGCUUGCUUCAUUACCCAGACUCUUUAUAGGUAUCUUUUUACAUUCUUUUUUUGUGAACACUAUUCAAGAAAAUCAUAUAUUUUCUCUUUGAUAUUUUGCUCUUUUGCUUUCAUUUAUUUUCUCCUAGUUCAAAGCACCCAUUGUUUUUCUUCUUUUUUUUCUCAGAGUAUGAUACAAAAGGUUUUAUUGAUGCAGAUGUGCUUUCAUUCCACAGGGUGGCAGCUAAUCCUUAUUUACCUUUUCUGUAAUUUUGACAUUUUUGCUAGAAGCCACUCUCCUGACCAAGUUCCCCUCCAAGGUGUGAGGAUCAUUAACCUGUAAAUACAGCUCUUCUGUUUGGGUUAGAUGGUAUUUGGAAAAGCUGAUUAUGUUGUUUCUGUUCAGGCUGUUUUGACUUGCUAAAGAUAAUAGCCAACAGGACAAAAAAAGCAUAAUUCAGUGACUAAAUUUUGAAUAUUACAAAUGCUGCUGUUUUACCUGGCUCUCUCUUUUCAGUGGUGCUCCAGGGAAAACUGAACACAAGUGUAUGGUGGUAUCUUUAGGCAAAGGUUAUUUUGAGAGAGGCUUAGUUAUUGAUGUGGGUGGGGGAGAGAGGUUCCAGAAGUUAUUUAUUCACUCUUUACUUCCAGUUUAUUUUGACAGAUAGAUAACUGUAUUGGAUAAUUUGUACUGAAAUCUCCAUAUGUCAGGAUUAUAUGUUUAUGAGUUGCAGAUAUGGUGCUUUGUUCUUUGCAUAAGAGUUUACAUAGUUUUCUCCUAUUUUUUACUCUCCUGUUUCUUAUGAUUAGUGCCUGUGAUUAUUUUUCUUUAAAGGCUGCUGCUUUAUUAUCUUCUCAAACUAUGUUCCUAAGUUGAUUUAAUUUCUCUUCAUGUCUGUCUUAUAUGUUAAGUAUUCUUCCUUUCCCCCUCUUAAUUGUUAAAUAAAGAUACAAGAAGUAAUACAGAGUCUUGCUAUUUCUGCCAUGUAAAAAUCAAGACCAGUUUUGAGAACUCGGAGCUGUCCUGGUUUGGUUUCCUCACCUAGCUCUUGUCUCUUGGUUAGGUUGUGUCCACUUCCCAGAUGUUAACUGAGGAUUUGGGUUCAUAUCUAAAGUGUAGAUUCAAACACUAGUACUGUUACGCAUGUAGGAAACCUCCCUAAAUGGCAACUGCAAAUAAUUCUGGGGAGGACAGAGAGUAGAUAGACUUUAUAUGUGAAGUUAGAGAAUGGUGAAUAUCUGAGUACAUGUGCAGAAUCACGGAUGUUCUGUCAGUGCUACAUAACUGUUACACCCAGGCAUGAAAUUUUAGACUGGUGAGGAUAUAGUGGCAGUCUUGAAGGACAGGUAGCAAGAACCCCACUUACUGAAAAGCCUGUGGUGCAGACUGCAGUCACAGGGUGUGAGAAAAAAAUGUGUUGCAAGAUGAACCUCUCUUAGGGUACGACGCUCCAAGGUCCAACCAGGUGUUCCAGCCGAAACUCACGAAUAGUGCUCUGAGCCUAUAGCUCUCAGGGUUGACUAGCCUGGAUCAGUGCUAUUGCUCCGAGAGCUAACCCCUCUGCUGGCUUGCUCAAGAGUGAGUUGAGCCUGUGCUUCAAGCCUCACCUUUUAUUGGCCCCCUAAUCCUGCUCAUGCGCAGUUAGGGCCUGCCUUAAUCAGGCACAGGUGGGCUUAACACAAGCUCAUGCCCACUACCUGGCAAUUAGUAGCGCCUGGUUGCCUCAUUUCACUACAAAAAUGGGCUGUGAGAAGAAUUUUUUGUGGUUAUCAUCAGCAGUUGGUCCUACACCCACCCUGGUGGUGAGUAAAGUGGGUAGUCAGGACUAGCACUUGUAGUGACUGGGAUAAGAGAAGAAUUAUUCAGCUAGCAGGGUUCUGCUGGCAUCUUUCUGCUUAGUGUUUUUUGUAGCACUCAAUGCUUUAUCUGAUGCACUCUGAUUUCUAGCUGGAACUUAGUAACAGGAGUUGUGGACCGAGUCUCUGGUUUUGACUGAGCUGAAGUACUUUUUUGACAUCAAAAUUCAGCCUAGCUUUUUUUAUUUCUUUUUCCCCCCCCUAAGUGUAGUUUGCCUUCAGGACACUUUGUUUUCUCUUUUCCCUCCUUGCUGUCAGUUUUUUCUGCCAUUGCCAUGAACGUCAAGCCUGCCAGCAUUCUGCCUCCCUGGAUGUCCUCAUGAAGGAGGCAGAUUUGCUGCUGCUGCCUUUUCAGCCAUCUCAGACUUGACAUUCCCACCCUUAGCAGUCAGAAGAUAAAAUAUUUAUGUAGUAAAUAGGUGUUUUGUCUGUAGUUCUGGACAUACGCAAAAAAUACUAUGUGGUUAUUUUAUUCUCUGUAUAGGUCCAUGGUUUUUAUACAUUCCCAGUUUCCCCAGAGGACAAGUGUAUAUUAAUGUAUUGGAUGAACGCUCAAAUAUGAUGCAACAGCACAUGCCCUGCACAGGAUGAUAACAGGAGGAGUGAAUGAGUUGUACAGGUUUGGAGUUUGUUUUUGGCUAUUGGUUAUAGCACUGACAACUCUUCAAUUUCAGCCUCUUCUCCCAGGUUAGCAGGCUCAAAUAUAAAGUACCACUGAAUUUGUUGAGUUGUAGCUGAUAUGUUAGAGAUGAUUGGCAAGCAGCUUAGUCUGCUAGAAAUGAGAUGUACAUAAUUAUUUUGGAUCCUAGAGAUUACUAUCUGGUAAGGAGAAUUUAUCCUACCAGAGAGCAUUCUGACUCACCAGAGCUGUCGUUAUUGAAUAACAUGGAUAGUCAUCAGGCUUUGGAAGCAUUCUGUGCAUUCAAUAGGAGAUAUGUGCAAUUCUCAUCAGCCUUACUUCCCAUGGAAUGAGAGUACAAAAACCUGUCCUGAGUGGGUAUGCUUUUUUUUUUUUUUUUUUUUUUUUCAGUAGCAGGGGGGAUGAUUUGUAUUCUUUCUAGCAUGUAGAAACCAUUAAAAUGUUUCUAAAUCAUAAGUAUCAUUUGACUACGUAAGACAGGGAUCAAAAUGAAAACAAAAAUAAAAAGGAAUUGCCUUAAGAAUGAUGGAUUUGUGCUUCCACCUUUGAUUUAACAUGUGAAACCAAGCCUCAUGUUCUUUCUAGUGGACUGUGAUACAGCCAGUGAUCAGUGAAACACAUCGCUUAGUCUACUGGCUGUAAGUGGUAGUAUGAGGGGUACAGUGGUAUAUCCAUGGUAUUCUGGUUCUAGCCUUAAAAAUGUGUAUUAAUCAUUAUAUUUCAUAUAACUGUGCCCAGACUUUUGGCUGCUUUUUAUGCAGUCUCUUUUGGUUUGCUUGUUAGUACUUCGUGAAGAGUUUUUCUUGGACAGUGUUAAGUGGGCAGAGACUCUUGAAAUGGGCACAUGAAAAGGAUCAGAGAUUCUGUGAGAGAAGUGAUUCGUUUCAGGGAACAUCUCUUUAAACCCUCUAAAAAGCUUUUACACAUGCUUGUAUAUUAGUGAACUAAUAUAUUUAUUUAUAUAAGGAUAAAUUCUUCAGCACACAAACUGAAUAACCAUGCUAAUACCUAUCAAAUCAGUUUUCCUGAUAGUACAGGAGCAAUGUAGUUCCAGUAGGAAUGCAAAUAUGCUGUUGCUAUGGAGCUUCUGCCAUCAUCAUCAUAGUAAAAAAAGACUGCAAAUGCUGUGGUACUCUGAUUGGAAAAGAAGCAGUCAUAACUUUAAUUGAUUUUUACAGAAUUCUCUAAUUAUACAUUUUAGUAGUGAAAUAGGAGAGAUGGUCCCACUAAAGUAAUUUGGAUUAUUUUCAGAAAGUGACUUAACUCUCGUCCCAGGAUUUAUGAUAGAUUUCCAUGCAACAAGAUAGCAAAAGCCAGGAGCAGAGAAAUAAGACAUUAUUAGUCAGCAUGUGGACGCAACUAAGCCAGUGACCAAGAGGAAUACACAUAGGUUGAAUUAAGUCAGUGUACACAGAUGUGUACAGCUGUGGUCAAAGAAAACACCCCUCCUGAACAAGUGACUUAAAAGUAAGAUGUUAAACAAUUAAAACCAUGAAGUCUAGAAAAUUCUGGCCUGUUUAGAACUACUCAGAAUAAGAAAGAAGUAAUUGAAUACAUUGUUUAGUUAAAGUUACUAAUUUAAUCCUGAUUUAACACUGCUGUUCCUAUAGUGCAUGCAUCUCAAUGAUGCAUCUCUGAUUUGUGGACAUAGAUACUUCACUAAACUUUACAUACCUAAAUGUUUAAAUGUCCUCCUAAGUACACUAUGAUUUCAGUUCUGUGUGUUCUGCCUGAAUCCUUUUUUGUGCAGAAGUGUUUAGUAAUGAAUGUAGACUCCUCAACAGUAGAAUGACCUCUUGUGCAUGUGAAAUUAGGCAAAUGAAAAUCAUACAAUGAUUUUUCUUGCUGACAUAAUGUACACCAAAUGUUGAUCCACCAGUUUCUUACUGUUUAAUGCAUCUUGUUUUCUAGAGUUCUUUCCAGGAGAUUAAAGACAUUAUUUCUUCUUAGAAGACAGUCCUUUCAAAUUGCUUUUUUCUUUCUUGUUCCUUUUUUUUUUAUUAAUCAUUUAUUGCCAUGAUUUUCCUUUACCCCUCUGAUUAUGUCAUCCUGUACCCCUCAAAUCAAACAGACUUUAGAUACUAGGUAUUGUAUGUUCCUUAGGUUUUGAUAUUUAUGUUCAGUAGCUUUAACAAUGCAUCAUAAUUUGCAUUAUUUGUAGAUUUAUUAUAUGAUUUAUGAAUGACUCUGAAGUGUAUCAGGUUUUGAAGUAUUCUACUCAGUUCCUUUUCAGUUACACUUCUGUUAUCUUUGUAGGUCUUUCUCAUCAUAACUUAUCUUGGAAAAUUAAAAAUUUGGAUAUAUAAUUAAACAUGGUAAAAGUU